AAAAUACUCUAUCAAUAGAAUAAUAUCAUUAUUCAAUUCCAUUUCACUUCACUUCAUUUCACUCAAAUUUGUUUUACAAUUCUAGGCCAGUUUAUUUUACAAUAUCCAUAAAUGAAUGGAGAGUGUCAAUAAUUCAAUUAUUGGUACCAUUUUCUCAACUAAUGGGAUUCCUUAAGAAAAAGAAAAGUCCUGCCGGAGUCAAUGCCGACGAAGUUUACUACGACGGAAUCCCACGCUACGUCGAGGUUGACCGCGUCUUUGCCAACUCCGAUAGCUCUCUUAAACCUUUUACUAUCAACAACCCCGCUGAUAUCACUGCGCCGCCUUACUUUCCCGAAAUCACGGAGACAAAUCCGGCCGGAGUCACCGCUGAUGAAGUUUUAUCCGACGGAAUCCCACGCUAUGCCGACAAGCUUAGCGCAAAGCAACCUACCGUUGUAUCGGAGGUGAGUUCACGUUUGGGAAGAGCUAGACCAGGGAAAGUAUUGGGUUUUUUGGAUAGUAUUGGAAGCAGCAUGACAAAUUUAAGCGCUAGCAGUAAGUUUGUUUCGAGGGCUGCAGUUAAUGGGACUAGAAUUUCCAUCUUAGCAUUUGAGGUUGCAAACACUAUUAUCAAAGGUUAUCGACUUAUGCAAUCUCUUUCCACACAAAAUAUAAGGCAUCUAAAAGAAGAGGUGCUUCUUUCAGAGGCUGUCCAUGAUUUAGUGUCAAAGGAAAAAGAUGAGCUUCUUAGGAUUGUUGCCGCAGACAAGUGGCAUGAGUUGAAAGUUUUUUCUGAAGAGGUGAGCCGUUUUGGAAAUCGUUCAAAGGAUCCUCAGUGGCGCAACUUAGACUGUUACUUUGAGAAGAUUAGCAAAGAAUCAAGUGCUCAAAGACUAUCAAGAGACGAAGCAGAAUCAAUAAUGCAAGAACUGAUGACUUCGGCCCAAUUUACAGUUGAGUUGUACCAUAAACUUAACGCGAUGACUAGAUUUGAACAAGAUUUUUGGCAUAAGGGUGAAAAGGAGGAUCAAAGAGGCGAUAAUAACCUUGCAUUCUUGGAAGCAACAAUUAAAAGUCAAAGGAAGCAAAUUAAAAAUAUAAAGAAAAAAUCAUUCUGGUGUAGAAAUAUGGAGGAGGUUAUUGAGAAGCUUAAAGAUAUUGUCCAUUUUUUACAUUUAGAGAUACGAAAUAACUUUGGGAGUGCAGUUUGUAGUGAAAGAUGUAUUUUGCAUGCACGGGUACAUGUAGACCAAAAACCAAUAAUUGGACACAUUGGCAAUCGCCAAAGAUUGGGCGCCGCUGGUCUUGCGUUGCAUUAUGCAAAUAUAGUGCUUCAAAUUGAUACCCUUGUAGCGAGGUCUCUUUCUAUGCUAGCAAAUACAAGGGAUUCAUUGUAUCAAAACUUGCCCCCAAAUAUUAAAUCAGCUUUGCGUUCCAAAUUACCAUCCUAUCAUGUCAUAGAAGAGCUAACUGUAGCAGAAAUCAAAUAUGAGAUGAAGAAAACAUUACAUUGGUUGGUUCCAAUUGCCACAAACACAUCCAAAGCACAUCAUUGUUUUGGUUGGUUAGGGGAGUGGGAAAACACAGUCUCUGAGGUGGAUACGAAAGUUUUUCAGGGCAGCGUAAUGCGGAUUGAGACAUUCCACUAUGCCUAUAAAGACAAAGUAGAACAUUAUAUUCUUGAACUUCUCUUAUGGCUUCACCGCAUGGCCAUCAAAAGCAAGAUUGGUAGUAGGGGUGUGUAUGGUUCAUAAACUAAAUUGAAUUGGAUAAUGUUAAUAGUUUGGUUCAGUUUUUAAAAUUCACUUUCAUAAAAUAAAACCAAUAAACUUUUAAACCAGUUUUACUUCUGUUAAAAACUGGUUCGUAAAAAUCGGUUCAUAACUGGUUUGUAUUUAUGAACCUUCAUUGGGGUGCAUUAUUUUGAUGAAAUUCCAUGAUGCAGAAUGAAAUGUACUUGGAACAAAUUUAUGAGAGUAGUGUGCUGUUUUAUUUA